AUGGCUCGAAAUGCUGAAAAGCGUUCAAGUGCGCCGCUGGCUGGCAAAACAAAUUGCGAUGGACCACUGGACUUAGCGCCACCGAAACGAAUCAAAUUCAUGAUUGACGAGCUGCUGCUGGACGCAAAACAACAACAACAACAGCAAAGAAUUGUCAACUCUUUGUCAAAUGAUAACGAUCGUGAUAGUGACGACGACAGCGAUAAUAAU